AUGACACCCGGCGAUAAAACCGAGGCCUCGCCCGCGCCCCCUAUCGGCACCGUUGUCGAUACAAAUUCUUCUCUUUCUGUUUAUGCUGCCGAGCGGAAUGAGAAGGCGGCGGGAAUUGGUUCAUCCGUGCCUGCCACCGCAGUCGAUGCGGGCUCGGAAAAGACUAUUCCGCUCCCGACCUCUAACCUCAACUCCGGCCCCGACGACGACGCCGAUUCUAUUGAAUCUAAAGAUGAACUCGCCCUCUCAAAAGGCCGUUGUAUCGCCCUAGUCGCUACUGUGACAGGAGCUUCGUUUCUCAACACUCUCGCCGGCCAGAGCGUCGUCAUUAUCUUGCCUCAUAUUGGCCGCGAUCUCGACAUCCCCGAUACCCGCCAGCAAUGGAUCGUGUCUUCGUACGUCCUAGCGUUUGGCUGCUUCCUGCUCCUCUGGGGCCGCAUCGCCGACAUCUACGGCAAGCGACUCAUCUUCAUCCUCGGUUCCAUCUGGGUCACCAUAUGCUGCGUCGUGAACCCCUUCUUACCUUCUGAGAUUCCUUUCGAUUUGUUUCGUGCCCUGCACGGUCUUGGAGCUGCUGCGAAUGUUCCUACUGCCAUUGGAAUAUUGGGUACUACGUUCCCUCCUGGAAAGGCUAAGAACUAUGCCUUUAGUGCGUACGCCGCCGGUGCCCCCCUGGGAAGCGUAUGCGGCAACCUCGUCUCUGGUCUUAUUGCCGAAUGGGCCAGCUGGAAAUGGGUCUUUGGUGCUCUCGCCAUCAUGGCUGGGAUAAUCUCCGUCGCCGGCAUCAUGUUCAUCCCCAUUCCCCCGACGCCUCCUGCUGCCCACGGAAGCUUGAGGUCUAAGACGGCCGCCGUCGACUGGAUUGGAGCCACUAUGAUCACCGUCGGUCUGCUGGCCCUCAUGUUCGCCUUGACCGAGGGCAAUGUGGUCGGCUGGAGGACACCUUGGGUUCCAGUCCUCAUAGUUGUAUCCUUCCUCAUCAUUGUGGCCUUUGGGUUCUGGCAGCACUACCUCGAAACUAAGACCACCCGCCCGCCCCUCGUCAAGAUGUCCGUCUUCCAGAACUGGCGCUUCAGUGCCGUUAUGGUUAUUAUGGGCCUCUUCUUCGGCUCGUUCAACAACUACCUCAUAUAUGCUACCUAUUACUUUCAGGACUAUCAAGGCCUGUCUCCCCUGCAGACCAUGCUGCGGUUUAUCCCCACAGGAAUUGGCGGUUUCAUCAUCGCCUUCAUCGUCGCCAACCUUCUUCACCGCAUCCCCACCUUCUUCAUCUUGGCUAGUGGGCAUGCAUGCGUUUGUAUUGCCACGCUUCUCUAUGCUGUACCUAUCCCACCUAGCACAUCUUACUUCGCCUGGGGCUUGCCUGCUAUGAUACUGUCUGUUAUUGGUGCCGACACUGCGUGGCCUUGCCUGACGCUUUACACAUCGCGCGCACUUCCACAGGAAGAUCAGGCCGUUGGCGGCGCCCUCAUCAACGCUACAGGCAUGUUUGGCCGUGCUAUUGCUCUCGCUAUUGCCACGGCGGUACAGUCUUCGACCAUGGCCUCUGCACGAGACGUCGAUAUACAGAAUGUCGGGCCCGUGGAAGCCUGGGAUGGACCAUCGCUCAAGGGCCUUCGCGCUGCUAGCUGGGCGAACUUUGUGAUUGCUGUGCUGGCUCUGGCUCUGGUGGUGGUGACAUUCCGGAGCAUGGAGAUUAUCGGCAAGAAGCCAGAUCGACCAGAUCGGCCAGACGGGAUGAUGAACAGCGACGCUGGAGACGACCUAGAGAGGAGGUGA